AUGGCUCUGUCUAACUUCCAAAAAGAAAGCACCGCCCAGGAGGUGCGUCCCCUCAUGGACCGCCUGUGCGACGAGCUGAAGGGUCUGAAGGAAGCCGUCAUAACUCUGACGGAACAGCAGUCGCCGCCGGCGGCCGGCCCGCACACCCGGCCCCAGAGUUCCGCGGAGCUGCGGGACGCGGUGCUGGCCGACGUUCGCGGCAUGCUGAACGAGGAGCUGCGGCAGCUGCGCCGAGAGCUGCAGAAGCUGAGCGAGGUGCGUCCCCUCAUGGACCGCCUGUGCGACGAGCUGCAGGGUCUGAAGGAAGCCGUCAUAACUCUGACGGAACAGCAGUCGCCGCCGGCGGCCGGCCCGCACACCCGGCCCCAGAGUUCCGCGGAGCUGCGGGACGCGGUGCUGGCCGACGCUCGUGGCAUGCUGAAUGAGGAGCUGCGGCAGCUGCGCCGAGAGCUGCAGGAGCUGAGCCUGGAGGUGGACCAGAUGAAGAACCAGAAGCAGCUGGAGGUGGACCAGAUGAGGAACCAGAAGCAGCUGGAGGUGGACCAGAUGAAGAACCAGAAGCAGCUGGAGGUGGACCAGAUGAAGAACCAGAAGCAGCUGGAGGCGCAGGCGGCACCACAGCUGCAGCAGCUCCCCAUACCGCAGCUGUUUUCCUGCGAUGGCAAGGCCCCUGCCACGACGGCUCCCACCAUCUUCGGGUCGGGGUUUAGUAAGACGACGCCCGCUACCAGGACGGUCUGUAGCACGGACGGCGGUCUCAGGUUCGGCCAGGCACCGUCGGCCUGGACUGGGCGUACCACCACUGGCGCCUCUGCUGCCGCCUCCACUGGCUUCAGCUUUGGACCGACCACAGCGCCACCUGCUCAGCCGAGCACGCCGAGCUUCUCGUUCCGUCCGCCGACCGCCGAGGGCGCCACCAGCACACCGGCCAAGGCAAGGGGCGAGAACACCACGGAGGAGGAGCCUGUCAGCUCGACCUCUGGCUCUGGCGCCGCGGUCUCCACUACCACCUCCAGCGUCGUGACCUCUGCCCCCGCCGUCGGCGCCGGAGCCGCCACCCCCAACAGUUCCUUCCAUUUCAAGGCUGCCCCGUUUGCGUUCGGCGUCGACCAGGGUAAGGUCGUCGAGGCGACUCCCAAGGCCACGUUCGAGUUCGGCCUCUCGUCCGCAGCCUCGUCGCCGUUCAAAUUCUCAUUCGGCGGCGACGCUGACAAGUCUGGAUCCUCGAUCUUCGGAGGAGCGGCGGCAGCGGACACAAAGACCACGUCAAUAUUUGGAGUCGUCUACGUUCGGCUCCAGCUCCUCAGUGUUAAGUGGAUGGCCGUCGUUCGGUAG